UUUAAACCCGAGCCGUCCGUCCCGUCGGUUGGUCGGUCCCAUCAUUUGGUCCCGUUCCCGGGACUCAGCACCAGAGUCGCUGCCGCCUCCGCCAGCCACAAUGACUGACGGGUCUCGCUCUGAUGUGGGGCGAUGGGGUAUGAGCUCCUGGCAGCCCAGUGUCACACCUUCUCCGGAGCCAGAACCAGACACCAGAUCCCGGUCAGGACGCUCCUUCUGGGCCCGAUGCUGCAGCUGCUGUUCCUGCCGAGGUGGAGGUGAUGAUGACUGGGGCCCAGAGCCUGCAGGCCCCCGAGGAGGUUCAGGGUCUCGAGGCUCGGGGUCUCGAGGCUCGGGAUCUCGAGGAGGCUCUGGUCGGCCGGGCUCUCGAGGCAGUGGAGGCAAUGCAGGCCAUGCAGCAGGCACCGGCGCCGCCCGAGAUGGCAUGCUGGUGGUGACCGGGGUGGACCUGAUGUGUACUCGAUCUGAUCAGAACCGGCGGGAACACCACACGGAGGAGUACGAAUAUGAUGACCUGAUUAUUCGACGGGGGCAGCCUUUCUGCCUCACCGUCAGCCUGUCCCGGCCCUACUCAUCUUCGGACAAAAUGGCCCUUGAGCUGCUUAUCGGUGCCAACCCUGAAAUAGGAAAGGGCACGCAUGUGAUCAUCCCUGUGGGCAAGGGAGGCAGUGGAGGCUGGAAGGCCCAGGUGCUCAAGUCCAACGGGCAGCAUGUGGAUCUAAAGGUCCAUGUAUCCCCCAAUGCCAUCGUGGGCAAGUUCCGCUUCACUGUCCGCACUCGUACGGAGGCCGGAGAGUACCAGAUGCCCUUCGACCCCAAAAAUGAGAUCUACAUCCUCUUCAACCCUUGGUGUCCUGAUGAUCCUGUGUAUGUGGAACAUGAAAACUGGCGUCAUGAGUAUGUGCUUAAUGAAUCUGGUCGCAUUUACUAUGGCACAGAGGCACAGAUUGGAGAGCGCACCUGGAACUACGGCCAAUUUGACCACGGAGUACUAGAUGCCUGUCUCUACAUCUUGGACCGAAGAGGAAUGCCCUAUGCAGGGCGGGGGGACCCUGUUAGUGUGUCCCGUGUCAUUUCUGCCAUGGUGAACUCUCUAGAUGACAAUGGAGUGUUGAUCGGAAACUGGUCUGGGGAUUACUCCAGAGGCACUAACCCCUCGGCUUGGGUGGGCAGCGUGGAGAUCCUCCUGAGUUACCUUCGAACGGGCUACUCUGUCCCCUAUGGCCAGUGCUGGGUUUUUGCUGGUGUUACCACCACAGUGCUCCGAUGCCUCGGGAUUGCCACCAGGACUGUCACCAACUAUAACUCAGCUCAUGAUACGGACACCUCCCUCACCAUGGACAUUUAUUUUGAUGAGAACAUGAAGCCACUGGAACACUUGAACCACGAUUCUGUCUGGAACUUUCAUGUCUGGAACGACUGUUGGAUGAGACGGUCAGACCUGCCCUCAGGCUUUGAUGGCUGGCAGGUGGUGGAUGCCACCCCCCAGGAAACCAGCAGUGGCAUCUUCUGUUGUGGCCCCUGCUCAGUGGAGUCAGUUAAGAAUGGCCUGGUCUACAUGAAAUACGACACGCCUUUCAUCUUUGCCGAGGUGAACAGUGACAAAGUCUACUGGCAACGGCAGGACGACGGCAGCUUCAAGAUCGUCUACGUGGAAGAGAAGGCCAUUGGGACCCUCAUCUGCACCAAAGCCGUGGGCUCCAACAUGAGGGAGGACAUCACUCACAUCUACAAGCAUCCUGAAGGAUCUGAUGCAGAGAGGAAGGCAGUAGAGACGGCAACAGCCCAUGGCAGCAAACCCAAUGUAUAUGCAACCCGGGACUCAUCAGAUGAUGUGUCCGUCCAGGUGGAGACACAAGAUGCUGUGAUGGGACAAGACCUCCUGCUCUGCGUGGUGCUGACCAACCGUGGAAGCAGCCGGCGUACUGUAAAAUUACACCUCUACCUCUCCGUCACCUUCUACACUGGUGUCACCGGCUCCGUCUUCAAAGACAGCAAGAAGGAGGUGGCGAUAUCCCCUGGAAGCUCUGAGCGCGUGACAUUGCCGGUGGCUUACUCGGAGUACCGGCCGCAUCUGGUGGAUCAGGGAGCUAUGCUGCUGAAUAUAUCAGGAAACGUAAAAGAGAAUGGGCAGAUGAUAGCCAAGCAACACACCUUCCGCCUUCGAACCCCUGACCUUUCCCUUACGGUAUUGGGGGCAGCAGUGGUGGGCCAGGAGACUGAGGUACAGAUUAUCUUCAGGAAUCCACUACCUGUCACUCUCACCAAAGUGGUCUUCCGACUCGAGGGCUCCGGACUCCAGAGGCCCAAGGUUCUCAAUGUUGGAGACAUUGGGGGCAAUGAAACAGUGACGCUGCGUCAGACCUUCGUGCCGGUGCGGCCUGGUCGACGGCAGCUCAUCGCCAGCUUGGACAGCCCUCAGCUCUCCCAGGUGCAUGGAGUCAUCGAGGUGGACGUGGCCCCUGCUUCUGGCGGGGGCUUCUUCUCCAGUGACCGGGGUAGCAGCCGCUCCGGGGAAAAUAUCCCGAUGGCGCCUCGAGGAGGAGCCUAGCCGCAGAACAGAUAUGGGACAGAAGCCAUAGGAGCAUGGACACUUCAGUGAGGCAGGGGGCUGGCACAGAGGACGCCUCGUGGCCUGGGAAGGAAGGCCCAGGAGGCCGGGGGUGGGAUCCAACUUUCACACACUCUGUGUGGCAUUGAAGGUAAUAAAGAUUGUUUUUGUUUUUGUUUUUUUAGUGAAA